UAUGUAAUAAAUGAUGUAUGACAAUUUUAAUCCAAUUCGUUUUCUUGUACAAUAUGAAUUGAAUAAUCGGUCUUGCAGCGACACCCAGCGGUAGAAACGAAUCGCAACUAGUGGGAGGAGACACGAAACAUCAUUCAGUCCUGCUCAGGUCUUUACAGUCUCUAGCGCAGUUCAGUCUUAUUUCUGGUGUACUCCGGGAAACAUGAGCGGAAAAGUAGGAGAUCUGAGCGUAAAACAAGCUGAGGCCUUGGCCCAGUUUCGAGAGAGUGUUCAGGAUAUUCUGCCCCAGUGUCCAUCUCAAAGUGACCACUUUCUUCUCCGAUGGCUCAGAGCCAGAAAUUUCAAUCUACAGAAAGCCGAGGCCAUGCUGCGCAAGCAUGUGGAGUUUCGCAAAUACAUUAAAGCAGACACGAUUACCACGGAGUGGCAGGUGCCAGAGGUAAUAGACAAGUAUCUUUCUGGUGGCAUGUGUGGCCAUGACCGGGAAGGAAGCCCCAUAUGGUAUGAUGUUGUUGGGCCUAUGGACCCAAAGGGACUGAUGCAUUCCGCAACUAAGCAGGACUUAAUCAAGUCUAAAGUCAGAGACUGUGAGAUGUUGCAGAAAGAGUGUGAUUUACAGAGUGAACGGCUGGGUAAAAACAUUGAGUCUAUUACUAUGGUCUAUGACUGUGAGGGUCUGGGAAUGAAGCACUUAUAUAAACCUGCUAUAGAGACUUAUGGAGAGAUUCUCUCAAUGUUUGAGAGUAAUUAUCCAGAGGGACUCAAGAGGUUAUUUGUCAUUAAGGCACCCAAGCUGUUUCCUGUGGCUUACAAUCUGGUGAAACAUCUUUUGACUGAGGACACUCGACGUAAGAUCAUCAUACUGGGAUCAAACUGGCAAGAGGUGUUACAGAAAUACAUCGACCCUGAGGAGCUCCCAGUUUUCUAUGGGGGCAAACUGACCGACCCUGAUGGUGACCCCAAGUGUAGAACCAAGAUUACAUUUGGAUCAGAGAUUCCCAGGUCCUUCUACGUUCGAGACACCAUUAAAGUGGACUAUGAUCAGUGUGUGAAUAUAGGCCGUGGCUCCACCCACCAGGUGGAAUAUGAGAUACUUGCACCAAACUGUGCACUGAGAUGGCAGUUUACCUGUGAUGGUGCCGAUGUGGGAUUUGGCAUCUUUUUGAAGAAGAAGAUGGGUGAGUGGAUGAAGGCUGGACAAAUGAAGGAGAUUAUACCAAAUCAGCGUUACAACGCACACCUGGUACCUGAGGAUGGAUCCCUCACCUGCCCAGAACCAGGAGUGUAUGUACUGCGAUUUGACAACACUUACAGCAUUUUCCAGUCCAAAACGGUCAGCUUUUCAGUGGAGGUCCUCCUACCUAGUAAUGAUAACCAAUCAGGGCCUUAAAAAUAAAAAAUGACAACAGUAGACCAAGGAAAUGACAAGCAGCAACCAACAAAAUUAUUUUCUCUCUAAAACUGUUUAAUGAAUAUUGCACUGUAGCAUAACUAAAAAUAAUUCAGUGUUGUAAAUGUUAUAAUAAUCCUGCUCUCAGGAAAAGGAGGAGAGUAUGUAAUCAAACUGACCAAUCACCACAAUACAAUCUUGUGAGAUGAAAUUUGAUCAACAUGCAAUUACAGGCUCUAUUGUUCAUCAGUCUAUCUUGAUCCCAAUUUCAGGCAAUGCCAGUUUGAUUCUUUGCUUACAAUUUUUCUGAGAUGAAGCCGUUAUCAAGUUGAUUAGUCAGAAUUUAACUCCUUGACAUUAUUGAAGUAUUCACUGCAUAAUUAAAAUCAAGUGUGAAUGUCAUCAAGUGUAACAACUGUAUUAAAAGCCACAAGACCCUAAUGUUUUGCUGAGAAGUGUUUAGUAUAUAUUAUUUGAUCUUUCACUUGUGGAUACUUCUUGAUUGCUUUAACUGGAGGUCUUCUAGUUAUUUCACUUGUUUUCUAGCUUAUAUAGAGAACUCGGAUGAGUCUGAACACUUUAUCCCUCAGAUUACUUGAUGUGGGAGAUUUAAAAAAUAUAUUUAUUUUAUUUGAAUUAUACACAGAUAUGUGAACCUUUGAAACACGUUGUUUUACAAAAAGCAUGUAACCUCAUGCCAGAACAGUCUGUCGUGGGUUUUCUGAUGUGUUUUAAAUUUUGUUUUGCUUUUUAUUUUCACUUUAUUUUUUAUUUUCAAUUAUGUCUUCCAUAAUUGUAAGUAAUAAUGUAAAAUGAUUCCUUGUUUAAGAUUUUUACCUCAGGUCAUUGUGUUUACAGUAACAGUGUCUGCAUUUUAUUCCAGCAUCACGCAGGUACGGAGCUAGGAGUGGAGUGGGGGUUUGGUUUGUAAAGAUUACCUAAUAUUGUGCCCAUGAUAAAAGAUGGCCAAAACGGCAAUUGCGAAUGGUGUGGCCAGGAGCGUCCAUGGUGGCCAUGGCCCUAGCUCCGCCAUCCCCUAGCUCCGCCCCUGGCAUCACGUAAUCUGUAUUCUUAGUGUAUUUUAAUGACCACAUUGUAUUUGUCAGAUUUUUUUUGUCUCUUCCUUUGAUUUUGUAAUAUUAAUGUAAUUUAUAAGUGAUAUUGCAUUACAUUUAUUUAGUUAUUAAAUAUUAAAAUAUU